CCGAGACCACCCAGGCCGAGUGGAGCCGAACGGACCCGAGCCGAGCCGAGCUCACCCGAGUCCACCCGAGCCCGGCCGAGCUCACCCGAGCGGACCCGAGCCGAGCCGCGCAGCCCCGUUGGGAACCGCUCCGGGAGCCGCGCCGGGGCGCGCAGCCCGCAGGAUGUCACCGCUCCGCGUCUGCAUCGUCGGCUCCGGGAACUGGGGAUCAGCAAUAGCAAGAAUCAUUGGCAAAAAUGUCCAGAAUUCCAACAGAUUUGAUCCUACUGUCAAGAUAUGGGUAUUUGAAGAGAACAUCAAUGGAAGAAAACUCUCAGAAAUAAUCAACCAGGAACAUGAAAAUGUUAAAUAUCUGCCUGGAUAUAAGAUACCCCAAAAUGUGGUGGCUGUACCAGACGUGGUUGAAGCAACAAACGGGGCAGACAUUUUAGUGUUUGUUCUGCCACAUCAGUUCAUUGGACGAAUCUGCGAGCAGAUCGCAGGCCAGAUAAAACCUGGGACUUUUGGGAUUUCCCUGAUCAAGGGGAUUGAUGAAGGUCCCGAUGGCCUGAAGCUCAUAUCUGACCUCAUUCGAGAGAAACUGAAAAUAGAAAUCAGUGUGCUUAUGGGAGCCAACAUAGCCAAAGAAGUGGCUGAUGAGCAGUUCUGUGAAACCACCAUUGGGUGCAAAAACAAAAACCAAGGGGAAAUCUUUAAAGAAUUAAUGCAGACCCCCAAUUUCAGGAUCACUGUGGUGCCUGACUCUGAUACAGUGGAGAUUUGUGGAGCCUUAAAAAACAUCGUAGCAGUGGGAGCUGGGUUCUGCGAUGGACUGAAAUUUGGCGAUAAUACCAAGGCGGCAGUUAUACGCUUGGGCCUUAUGGAAAUGGUGGCCUUUGCCAAGCUGUUCUGCAGGGGACCGGUAUCAAUAGCCACGUUCCUGGAAAGCUGCGGAGUCGCUGACCUAAUCACUACCUGCUACGGGGGACGCAACAGAAGAGUAGCAGAAGCCUUUGCUCGCACAGGAAAAUCCAUUGAGGAACUGGAAAAGGAGAUGCUGAAUGGACAAAAGCUGCAAGGUCCUCAGACCUCAGCCGAAGUCUACAAGAUUCUGAAACAGAAAAAUAUGCUCGAUAAGUUUCCAUUAUUUACAACCAUCUACAAGAUCUGCUAUGAGGGUCAGUCGAUCCAGGAGUUCAUCGCGUGCCUGCAGAACCACCCAGAGCACAUUUAGAGACCUGCUUUCCUCACCUGGUCUCAUUCUCAUCUUUCCAGGACUUCCGUACACUCCAGAGCAAAUAAAGCAGAGCACCACUUGCUGUAAAAGCAACAGAGAAUGUAUUUCAGUACCCUCAUUCUGGGGCUAAAAAUCUGCCUUUAAUUUCAACAUUAUAUCCAAGGAAAAGGAAAUGAAUGUACAAUUUAAGUGUAUUUGAUUUGAGUUAGUAGUGCAGGCAUUUGCCUAGAACUGCUUUCUUGUUGAUUGAAAACAGUUCUCCUCAUAAUUUCCAUAGCAAGAGCUCAUUCUAGCUCACACGAACCUCAACAUUUUGUCUACUAAUAUUGCUUAUAGACAGCACAAGAUGCAGAAAAAUUGAAGAACUCAUCCAAAUAGAACUAUUUGAGUAAAAAAAAAAAGUAAGAUACAGUCAUGUGGGCAAAUAUUGCAUUUCUAUAAUUCCCCUCAAACACAAAUAAUAUUUUGUGUUUUGGGACAUUGAUUUUGUUUCCCAGUGCAAACCUCUUUGGGAAAACAGGUGUUGUCACUGUGCUCAGACACAUCUGAAUGUUCAGCAGAUGUAUAAAUAAAACAGUGUAAGGGGCAGAGGAAGGAGAAAGGAGGGGGUUAGGGAGGAGGUUGAUUGUUUCAAAUGAGUAACAGUGAAAAACCCCUCUGUGAUACUUGACUUUUACACAAGCAUUAAAACGUCCGCUAUAGACGCACAGAAAUGCUGUAAAAAUGCAUUUGAGACCGGGUUGCAUUUUAACUGCACUAAACUCUGCUGGACUGACACCAAUGCAACCACCCGCAUCCUUCCAGACUGCAGGCUCAUGCCAUGAUCCUGAUGUACCUUCAGCAACGCAUCCGACACUCCGGAAGAGAGAUUUGUGUCUACAUCUGAAUUUUAAACACAGGUUCAUGUUGCACGUUUUCUAUUUUGCUGCCGAUGGCAUUCAUUUUAAAAACAUUCAAGUUUUUAAACCUUACAGCUGUACUUAAUAACUUUACCUACCUGGUGGUUUUCAGAGUUAAAGCCAUUUAUGAAGUGAUCUUUGGCACAUUUUAUAAGCUUUAAUACCCUUUUCAGAGACUCCUAUCUAGGGAGAAAGCAAACAAAAAGGAAGAGUAACCUACUUUUGCUCUGCUUUAUCCGAUUUUCCAAAAUAGCAGAGAGAAAGGCAAGGGGAUUUUUUAAUCUCACCAUAUAUUCUCUGACAUAUUGCUUGGAGGGGGGGAAAAGAAGAGCUAGAUUAUAAAAUCGUUUUCGCUCUGCGUUUUGGAGUAUUGUUGUUGUCUUUCGCAUUUAUCAGAGUAAUAUAUAUAUAUUAAAAAUAAUGUUUUACUUGUAAUUAUAAAUCUCUUGUAACAGUUUCAGUCGUACAGCUUGCCAAGCUGGCUCGGGUACCAGAAACAGUGGCCGUGGCAUCACUGAUCUUGCAGAGGUGGCGAGUCACGUCCUCCUGCUCCGAGGCCAGUCAUAGUCAGCAGCUCAGGCCUCCACAGGGCAACACCAAUAUUCCUUCUCCUGAAACGGGAAUCAUAUGGCCAAAUGCCUUAUGCAAAACAAGGAACUGCGAUCUUCCAUUUCAAGUAGAAGGAGACUUAAAUAGUGCAUAAUUUUUAAGUAUCAAAUACAGUGGAUAGAACAGAGAAUUCAGGAGCCUCCUUACUUCACUGGCAGGUGAAGCUUCUGAGAAGUCAUGUAUGAGCCAAUAACAGC